AAUAACUUCCGCCAUUAGGAACUUGUUGUCAGGCACGCACCGGCCCUAAAGGCUCGCCCGAUGAAUACUUUUCAAAGUCCUUUGGACAGAGAAAGCAUUAGAUGUGUUUGAACGGUGACUUGUUAGCUGUGUGGUAAAGUAAAAUAAAGAGCAAGGUAUAUGCUCUUGUCUUAUUCAACUUAAUUCUUCAGCAAGAUGUUUGCAGACGCUGCAUUUGAGAGCAUCCAAGAGUCUCUUGGACUAGCAGACCUCAGCUCUGGCACCGUGGCUUUAGUCACAACAACACUGGUUUUGAGUGCUGCCUUGGCAUACAAGACUUUGACUGGAGAGAGGGUAGAAGGAAAGAUUCCUCCUCAUAUUCCGUCUACUAUUCCUUUUCUUGGGCAAGCUGUCAGUUUUGGUUCAAGUCCAAUUGAGUUCCUUCUUGCAGCAUAUGAAAAGUAUGGACCUGUGUUCAGCUUCACUAUGGUUGGGAAAACUUUCACAUACCUGGUUGGUUCUGAAAGUGCAGCGCUCAUGUUCAACAGCAAGAAUGAAAACCUAAAUGCAGAAGAUGUCUACAGCAGGCUGGUCACACCUGUCUUUGGGAAAGGUGUUGCUUAUGAUGUGCCCAAUCAUAUUUUCCUUGAGCAAAAGAAGAUGCUAAAGACAGGCCUCAAUAUUGCCCACUUCCGUGAACAUGUGCAUAUAAUUGAACAAGAAACUUUUGAUUACUUCAAGAGAUGGGGAGCAAAAGGCACCAAUGACUUGUUCACAGCCCUUUCAGAACUUAUCAUUUUGACUGCAAGCCAUUGUCUUCAUGGCAAAGAAAUCCGAUCACGGCUCAACGAGCAUGUGGCUCAACUAUAUUCUGAUUUGGAUGGAGGUUUCACUCACUUGGCUUGGCUGCUCCCAGGAUGGUUGCCCUUCCCCAGUUUCAGAAAACGAGAUCGUGCCAACUUGGAACUGAAAAGAAUCUUUGGAGAGGCAAUCCAAGAGCGCCGUGCUGACCCAAGUCCUGAUGAUGACAUGCUGCAAACGUUGAUUGAUUCCACUUAUAAAUCUGGACGUGGACUUACAGAUGAUGAAAUAUCGGGCAUGUUGCUAGGACUCUUGAUGGCUGGCCAGCAUACAUCUUCCACAACAAGUUCAUGGCUGGGCUUUUUUAUUGCGAAGGACAAGGAAUUGCAGAAGAGACUGAUUGAAGAGCAGAGAUUGGUAUGUGGUGAAGGUCUUGAGCCUGUUGACUAUGACAAGCUGAAAGAAAUGCAGCUGCUGGACCGCUGUCUCAAGGAGACUCUGAGGUUGAGACCACCCAUCAUGACCAUGAUGAGAAUGUGUCGAACACCACAGAAUUUGAUGGGCUAUACUAUCCCCCCGGGCCACCAAGUGUGUGUGUCCCCCACCACAAAUCACAGACUCCCGGACACUUGGAAAGACUUCGACAAAUUCAUGCCUGACAGGUUUCUUGACCCUGAAGUGGCUAACAGUGAGAAAUUUGCUUACAUCCCAUUCGGAGCUGGUCGCCACAGAUGCAUCGGUGAAUCCUUCGCUUACGUGCAAAUCAAAACCAUCUGGUCCAUCCUCAUUAGGAAAUACGAGUUUGACUUGGUUGAUGGCUACUUCCCCACUGUAAACGUGUCUACGAUGAUCCACACACCCACAAACCCCGUCAUCCAGUACAAGCUUAGGAGCGAAAACUGAGUGGGAAAGUGUAUUGCAGCAAUAUAAAGAGUUCAAAGUCGCCACUGUGUGUUUGAUUUGUACUGAAAGUCUCAAGAUAGUAUGGAUCAGAUCAGAGUGGCCCGGUGUUCACUUCUUACAUGGUUUUCUUUGUAUUAAUGAUAAACUUCCAUGUGCCAUUGCUCACUUUUUGUUUCAAGUAUUGUGUGAUUAUUGCUAGUCUUUUCUUUUCCAUGGACAUGUACUGUCUUUCAGCAUCUUCUUGGAUUACUUCUGAUUUUUUUUAAAUGUCAAAGGUAACUUUUUUUCUUUGUGCUUUGACUCGGAAUAUGAGUAAAAUGAAAAGUAAUUUUCAGAACUCUUUUUUUUUUGUAAGUCAGUGGAAACAUGGAUUUUAUGCACCCUGUAGGUUAAAAUCUGUAUUGAAUGAUGUCAGUGCUAACCUUUGCCUUUAGACUUUAGGAUUGAAAUCUUGUAAAGAAAAAAAGCUUCCACAGUGGCCUUGCCUUGCCUUGCUUUCUUUACUCUGAGUGAUGUUGUUUGAGCAGAGUCAUGACAAAAUGUAUGGAAUUCUGCUACAGUUACUAUCAGUACCUGGGUCUCUGGUAAGGAUUUCCCUCCUUCCUCAAUUUUGUGUUUGUUCUCACUUUGUUUUCACUGUUCUCCAGAGAGUGGUCUGUUAAAAAGCCAAAGAUCUUUUGAAGUGGCUUUACGGUCAGUUUAAUGUUUUCAUUGCUUUAAAGAAGUCUUUUUGAGGGCGGAUAUGUUUCUUGAUUGUAAUGCAGACCUGUUUAUUUUAUAAUGUGAUCAUUGUAUGAAA